AUGGACUUGCAACUGCAUCGGAUAACGAGGCUGGUCCGUGACUAUCAUGCAAUUCUUCCCUGGAAGGCCAUACACAUAGCCGGUACCAACGGCAAAGGCACUACCGCUGCUUUUCUCUCGGCAUUCCUGCAUGGCAAGGGUAUCAAUGUCGGGCGAUUCAAUUCACCCCAUCUCAAGUAUCGCCAUGACUGCAUCGUUCUUAAUGAGCAGACCGUGGACAAAGACCACUUCUUAGAAGUAGAGAAAUUGGUCAAGCGCCGAGAUGCCGACGGAAAGAUCGGUGCAACCUCUUUCGAGCUGCUCACGGCAACCGCUUUCGAGAUCUUUGCUCAGCGGAAGGUGCAAGUCGCUGUAGUCGAAUGUGGUCUCGGCGGAAGGCUCGACGCGACAAACAUUUUGACUCCUGAAGAAGUUCUCUGUAGCGCAAUAACUCGGAUUUCGCUUGAUCAUCAAGACAUGCUGGGUAAUACGCUGGAGAAAAUCGCCGCUGAAAAGGCUGGCAUCACCAAAAAGGGCGUACCGCUGGUAGUCGACCGCAACAAUCAUCAAUCUGUACGAGACGUUCUGAAGGCCGCUGCGGCUUCUAACGGCUCGCCUUACCACGCGAGCGACGAGCAUGUUUCUAUCCUCGGCAAAGAGGACUUCCCAGAAGGAAUUUCCUCCCAGGAAAAUCUUGCCACAGCAACAAAAGUCUACGAGAUCGUGGGGAAAGAGCUAGAUCUCGAGCCUCUUAACUUGAAAGACCUGCGGCGAGCAAUUGCGACCGUGAAGAGAAACUGGCAGGGGCGACUCCAGUGGGUAGACCUGGCAGUCCUGUCGGACGAGUACAAGGAACCGAGGCUCUGUCUCGUCGACGGAGCACACAAUCGAGAAGGUGCUGCGCGUCUUCGCGAGUUUCUCGAUCGUCUGCCCUCACGUCAACCUAGCCCGGCGACCUGGAUACUAGGCAUGAGCUCUGGUAAGGACGUAAGAGAAAUAAUGACGGAGCUUGUCCGGGAAAAUGAUCGCGUGGUUGUGUGCGCAUUCGAUCCGGUCGACGGCAUGCCUUGGGUAAAGCCAUACGGCGUCCAAGACCUGGAGAGCGUAGCCACGCCCCUGACCUCAAAGCCUGUCAUCGCCAUGGUGAGGCCAGUGGAUGCCAUUCGUGCCGCGCUGGCUGCGACGACGCCUGACGAGCUCGUUGUGAUCGCAGGUAGCCUGUAUCUCGUGGGUCACGUUCUACGAGACGUCGAUGCUGCUGCUGCUGCUGCUGCUGGCUCAGUCGAAGUGCCCCAGACCUUGUAG